AUGGAGUUACGUUUAUGCGAAUUUUUGAGAAUACAGGCACCGCAUAUAUUCAAUAGGCAGCAGACUACAGGAAGCGCUCCGUACUCAUAUCAACGACCUUACGGAAAUCGGAAACGCACGCGUUACACCAAUGAUAACAGAUCACCUAGCGGCAAUCCAUACCAUGAGUAUGACUCGUAUAGAACGCAGGCGCGCCGACCAACUCGACGAACGGAAUCUUCCAAUAGGGAACCGCAACCACGCCAGCAACCUGAAAAGACCAAAUGGACCGGGAAACUAGCACGAAAUGGCAAGAAAUUGGUAGAUGCAGUUGCUGAGGUCAUCAAAGGGAAUAUGGAAUCGGUCUUUACCAAUGAGGUGAAUAUCAUCAAUAUAACCCAUAGGCUCAAGUGUGAAGAUGCAGAGAAGUCACCGCCUAUCGCAAUAUUCUAUAUCAAGGCGCAACACUUAGAACAAACAGGGACAUUCCAAGAGUAUAUCACAUACUUUCAGGAGAAAAAUAGGAUCGGGGUUGCAACCAUAACCGACGAAAAAAGCGUAUACAUAUGCGCCCCGGGGUCAACGCUAUACGAACAGCAUGCUCCCACGGACCAGGACGAACUUAUGUUAAUCGGUAUCGCCGUAAUGCUAGAUAGCCCUUCCUCCGGAAGACCUAGCGAUGGCACAGAGGCUACGGCGGCACCAGUUCCGGAAGAGCGUUGUGACUGGCUGAACCAGCUCAAUAGCAUCACUGCCAUGCUAGGAAACAACAAAUAA